AUUACGUCAUCCCGGAGCAAAAAUUGUGCGCUUUCACUGACAAAAAUGUCCUUCCUUUACUCCUUGGAUGCUCACGGCUAACGAAACGUCAAACUGUGGACUGCAGGAUCGGGAGUGGAUGACAGCUAGACAGUCGGCAAGAGUGUUUGGAACAAGCCCUGAGCUGGCUCAUCCCGGUGGGCAACGGGAACUUUGUUUGAAGGCAUCGGAGAGCUGUGGCCUUCAUUUCCCGGGAUGUCCAUGAGACGAACAGAAGGGGUGUCCAUCGCCCAGGCUUUAGCCAUGACUGUUGCGGAGAUCCCAGUCUUCCUCUAUUCCACAUUUGGGCAGUCCAUAUUUUCCCAGUUGAAGCUGACGCCCAGCUUGAAGAAAGUGCUGUUUGCCACAGCGCUGGGCAGCGUGGCGUUGGCGCUCACCGCUCAUCAUCUGAAGCGGCGAGGGAGGAAAAGGAAGCAGGCCAUCCAGGCCAAGGAGGCUCAGAAGACGGUGGGAAUACCCGAAGCGCUGCUCCGGACCGGAAGACCUGCGUCGUUGAAGAGAGUUCCGUUGACAGGGCGGCAGAUGAUGAGUCCCAGCACGCGUAGCAACGACACGCUGAGCGGCAUCUCCUCCCUGGCCCCCAGUAAACACUCAAGUUCCUCACACAGCGUGGCUUCUAUGCGAGUUCCGACCUCUCCAAGCCAGUCGGCCAACCCGCCAACUCCCUGGGAGGCCGAGGCUGUGGUGGAGGAGUCGGGUGUGGCGGAGGACGCCAACGCCGAGAACCUCUAUUUAAUGGGCAUGGAGUUGUUCGAGGAAGCCCUCCGAAAGUGGGAACAGGCCCUGCACAUACGCCACCACGCACACUCCAGCUCCAGCAACAGCAGCCUGGCUGUGCAGGGCGCGGCGUGUGGCGACGCUCCCACGGUUGAAGCUCAUAAUAAAGUGCUUGCUGACAAACUGGAGACGCUACUGCACAGGGCGUACCACCUGCAAGAGGAUUUUGGCGGCAGCAUCCCGACAGACAGCUUGCUAGCAGACUUCGAGAGCGAGGGGACACUCAUACUUCCUCCAGUGGAGAGUUUCCACAUGCUGCCGGACGAUGACGCCGCCACCAUCUCGUCUGACCAGUCCUUCUUCUCGGCCGCUGAGAUGUUUGACACUUUCUCACUGGAGGACUCCUACCAGCUCCUCAGACCAGCGGCUCUCUACGAGGAAGCCUUGGCUCUGGUCCGGGAGGACAAAGUGGCCUACAGGUCUCUGAGGACUGACCUGCUGGAAUGUUACGGCGACCGAGACUUUCUGGCCAAGCUUCACUGUGUCAGACAAGCGUUCCAGGUGCUGCUGCUGGAUGAGGCUCAUCGCACGUUCUUCAUGGAGACCGGCAAGCAAAUGAUUGCCGGCUUGAUGGUGAAAGCAAACAAGAGCCCCAAAGCCUUCCUGGAGAGCUACGAGGACAUGCUGCUGUACACCCAACGAGAGGAAACGUGGCCCAUCACCAAGAUGGAGCUGCAUGGCCGCGGGGUGGUGUGCAUGAGCUUCUUUGACAUCGUGCUGGACUUCAUCCUCAUGGACGCCUUCGAAGAUCUGGAGAACCCGCCGUCCUCUGUGGUGGCCGUGCUGAGGAACCGCUGGCUCUCGGACAGCUUUAAAGAGACGGCUCUGGCCACAGCUUGCUGGUCCGUCUUGAAGGCGAAAAGACGUCUCCUCAUGGUUCCUGAUGGCUUUAUCUCCCACUUCUACGCCAUAUCGGAGCACGUGAGCCCGGUUCUAGCCUUUGGCUUUUUGGGCCCCAGGCAGCACUUAAGCGAAGUGUGUACUAUUUUCAAGCAACAAAUUGUGCAGUACCUCAAGGACAUGUUUGAUCACGACAAGGUCCGCUUCACCUCUGCGCAGUGCUUGGCCGAGGACAUCCUGAAACUUUCCCACCGCCGGAGUGACAUUUUGCUGGGCUACCUGGGCAUUGAUGGCCUCCAGGAGCUCAACGGGUCACUGCCCGGCGACACGCACGCAGGCCUCGCUAACUGACGAUCUUUCUUUAGUCUGGAGCAGACAUCCGCUCACUUGUCCCUCUCUUGUCCCUUGUCCCUUAUCACUCGUGAAGAAGAAGAAGAAGAAGAAAAAGAAGGGAACCCAGUUAUCAGCUGCUGGAAAUAUUCAGGAAUUCCUCCUGCAAUCACAUGAUCCCAGGCGCUCGGAAUGAAGGGCCUCUCACCUGACGACUGUGCCGGCAGCCGCUCUGUCACCUUCACGUCAUCGCCCGACAGCCUGGAGGUAUCGUUACCGGUGUGAAUGACACACAGCUCGAUGAUACUGCUGUGCUUAUUUUAUAUUCAACAGUAGAAAGAUAUCUGCUAAAAUCUCCAUUCUACUUGAAUCCUCCUUAAAUGCAGCUACAGUAUAUGUCUAUACACACACACACACACACACACACACACACAGCGGAACCUCAGUUUUCUCAUUAGUGUGAUUCUUGGGGGUGGCCCGAUAUCAGCACAGAUCAUAUACUGUAUACAGUACUUGGAGUGAUAUUUCUCAGAGUAAUUGUCAGCAACAGUCGGUAUGAGGAAACACUCAGCCAUUUACUUCUUAAUGCAUCUGGUGUAUAUUUUAUCCACAACGACGCGAGGCUGGACAUGCUCAGUGAAGCGAUUCAACCCGACAUCACUCACCACCCUAGGGGGCUGUUACAGCCAAUGGCCUUUUGCCACCCUGUGGGAAUUUCUCACGCUUUGCAAAUGUGGCAAACGGCGAGAUUGAGAUGAGGUCGGUUGUAUUAAACUUCCCCCCCCGGUUCCGUGACACCACGGGAAACUUUGUGCAUGGCGAGUUUUGCGCUCAGCUGCAACGUAUGCUGAAUAGAAGCGCUGGUGUGGCGUCUGGAUUGGACUGCUUGUAUCAGAGAUUUUAAAUGCAGGCCGAUAUGAUCUGAUACUGUUUUUUUUAUUUUUUUGGCUGAUGUAGGACAGAUCUGAUCCCAUAUUAAUUUGUUCCAAAAGACACUAAGCACUACUUUGCUACGACUUCUUUCUUGAAUUCAGUAGUUUUUCUCACAUUCUUUAUCAAAUUUGGUGGCUUAUUUUGCAAAAAUAAUAAUUAUAUCUAAUUAUUAUAAAUAUAAAUGAUAAUAAUGUAUAUUAAUUACGACAAUACGCAGUGCUUGAAUGCCUCAUCAUUGCUUGGUGCUCAUUGCUUAUUAGGAAGGAAGAAAGCAGACAAAAAUGGAGUUAUUCAUUGUACUGUGUGGGUUCUAUGAAUAAAUAAACCACACACAUACACACACACAAACACACAGUAAAGAUAAUUGAAUGAUUCCCCUGGCAGGAAUCUGUCUUUAGUGUCCCAACUUCCAUUCUUCACAGAGAGUGAGUCACCGACACGUGGAUGCUUGAUUUGGGAACUGUUUGGACGUUUUCUUGCCGAUCAUUUUCAUCCAAAGCCUGUGUGUACGAAAACUGAGAUUCCACUGUCACUUUUUGAGGGGUUUUAGUCCCGAGUGUGCGUGAAUUGCAAAAAUAUGCUUCAUAUGUUAGUGUGUGCUGUUAACUGACACCUUUGACUUGAUCUAUCAGGCUUCAUCUACAUGAGCAAAUCUGUUACAUUCCUUGCAUUACAGACUUUUUAUUUUUAUUUUUUUCCUGGAGAUGUGUCAUGUUGAUUCAAAGCGACUGAUGAAAUGUAAAGAUGCAGAUAAACCAUCGCCACUAAUGAAGACGGAACAUUAAGGAAGUGUCCACCCAUUAAAUACAGUAUGUCACUUUGCUCAGCUAUAAACUUGGCACAUUAGUAUUACUAUUAUUAUUAUUGCACACGUGCUGUUGUCUCCUGAGAACAUCAGAGAUGACCAUCCGAUGAAACAUGGCCACCUGGUGGUGAUGGAUAGUGUCACAUGGCUUCUGCUUUUGCCCUAUAGAGACAAAAAGAGCAAGCUCAGUUGGACGUUGGACAUCGUACGCUACAUGACUGCACUGACAACAUAAAAGUCGUCCUUGUUGGAUUGUGCAAGUGCAUAUUUUCAUUCAGAUGCCAAGGGAAAGUGAUUUAAUGGUCUCUAAGUGGAAAGAUGAGCCUUCCGAAUGGAUGCAUGCCCUUUCUUUUGGUUGGGCAUUUUGAGUUGCAGGGAUGUCUCUCGCCAUAUGUGAAUAUUAUGGGAGUGUACAUAAGAGAAAUGAUCUUUCCCACAUGACUAUACGAAGAAAAUAAUGUAUCCUUUGUCCUAUAUUUACUAUAAAGCUUUUGUGUGUGUGCGUGCGCUCCAACCUCUAAUGGACUGCUUUAUGACUGAUCCACGUUUGGCUGACUAUCAAGUUACAAAAGCAUAUUUUUGUGUCUUUGUGAGAAUUGUUGCAUGUGUAGAUUCAUUCAUUUCAACGUGCAGCACAUGGACUCGCGCUAGACAAGUAAGAGAUGUGUCUUCAAGGAAUCGUUUAUGCCUGAUCCAUGAGAAGAAUCCCACACAGGGAAAUAUGUUUUAAAACCGCAUCAAGUGUCCUCAUGCCUUUUGGUCUUUAUAUUAUCGCCCUCUAAUGCUUGUAAAAAGUGUAAAUGGGUGUUGAUUAUCUGUAUUAAAUGUUAUUUUUUGUUAUCUGACAACAGUAUGCCAAUAUUUCAUGAUUUGACUAAAUCUCACGUAUUUUCAUCUUGCCCUGACUUUUCCAUCUUCCUUGGUCACGCCAACCACCUGCCAUGUUUUCUCUAACCUCUUUGGUCUACCCAAAGGGUGUCCAGGCUGUUUUUUUCCCCCCAGCGAGUGCCACAUAGUGAAAAAUGAAAGGAUGCAACUUUGCCACUUUGGCAUGCUGAGAAGUGAUACAGUAUAUAUUUCGAGAAAAAAACUGCAUCUGAGCUUUGUGAUAUAGGCUAAAAAGCCUUUUUGCUCUUUUUACACCAUUUUAUUUGUUCCCAAAUAUUUAAACUUUCUUCGUAAAUUUUCUCAUAAUAUUAUGACAUUAUUCCCAUAAUAUUUUGACUUUAUUACCGUAGUCGUAGUACCUUUUUCCGCAACCUAAUUACAAUUUUUUUUUACAACUUUCUUUUGCUUUGUUUCUUAUAUUACGACUUUAAAAAAAAAUUGAUAUUUUUUAUUUCAUAUUUCAACUCUAUGCUACCAAAAUGAGAUGAUUUUUUUUCCUGAUAAUAUUACGACUUUUUU